AUGUUAUAUAUUAGUUUCUUUUUUUUUUUUUUGAAAUUUUUUAUUACAAUAAGAAGUACUAUUUCUCAGGAGUAUAAAAAUGAUAAUAAACAAUCUGAAUCUAAAGAAUGCAUCCUAAAUAUGGAUGAUAAAUCAUGUGCUUUGGGAGAUAUAAUGAAAGGUGAACUUAAUAAUGAUGAAAUGUUAUAUUGUUUUGAAAGUCAGCCUUCUUCCUCAGCAACAUGUAGUACAUUAGAUGAUUCACAUAUUUAUUCACAAAGCGAAACAUCAUAUUUGAAAGAUGAGGAUUUUGAACCAAAAAUUGAAUUCAAUUUGGAAGUUAUAUCUCCUUAUUCAAGAGGAUUAACAUCUUAUUCACAAAAUGUGAUUCCUUAUUUUCAAGGUUUAAAUACUUGUUUAGAAAAACAUAUAGAUGGUUCACAACAAAUGACACUUUAUUUUCAAGAUCCUACUAUUGAUUUGGAAAGUAUAAAUAAUGAUUUGGAUAACAAUGCUUCUAAUUCAUUAAAUAGCUCCAAUAAUUUAACAAACAUUUCUUCAUCUUUAGAAGAAAUGAAAAAUGAUUUGUCAUCUAUAUCCUGUGAUACUGGCAAUUCGUCAAAUGAAACAGGAGCAUUGCCUAUUUCUAAUGAUAAACCUUUUUAUCAUCCAAAAAAAUCGAGUAUAUCGUGUUCAGAUUCUGAUUCAAAUUCCGAUUCUGAUUUAAAUUAUGAUUUAAAUUCUGAUUCUGAUUUUGAUUCCGAUUCUGAGUCUGAGCCUGAGUCUGAAUCCGAAUCUGAAUCUGAACCUGAGUCUGAGUCUGAGUCUGAGUCUGAUUCUCAUUCGGACUCUGGUUCCAGAUCAAGUCAUAACAUUAAUACAGAUAAAGAAAAGGGUAAACGAAAAUAUAAAAGGAAAUUAAAAGGAAAAAAAAAAUGCCCAAAAAAAAGGAAGAAAGUGGAUAAAAAACAAAUAAAAAUAAGUUUUAUUGAAAAUACAGAUAAGGAAUCUAGAUAUCUACGUUUAAAAAAGUUGAGUAAAUUAAUUGCACAAGAUAUCUUUAAAAUAGAAUUAAAGGAACUUUCCGAAUAUGUAGUACCUGCUUCAAAAGAAAUCUUUAACGUAUUAAAUAAAAAUUAUAAUGAAUCAAAAACUAUAUUUAAUUCUUGUACUUCUUCAUUAGAAGAAAUUUUAGACGAAGAACUAAAAAAUGUCAAUUCAUAUGAGUUAGAAAAUAUAAAGGCAAUAUAUAAUGCUUUUAUUAAAAAUAAAUAUAAUAAUCCAGAAAAUGCUCAUGCAGUUUCUAUGUCACUUACCAGUGUAACGCAAUCGUCUUUUACUAAAAAAAAUGAAAUAUUAGAUACUAUAAAAACAUGCUUAAAUAAUUUUAAUGACCUAGAACAGAAAAUUCAAAUUCAAAAGGAGAUAUUUAAAAAAUUACCAAAAAUUACAUAUGAUUUCAUAUAUAAUCAUUUAAUUUUUUUUAAAUUUUUACAUCAAUCUAAAAAAGAAACUAACUUUUUUAAAAUGUUUGAUUCCAUGGAUGAUUUUAUAAAAGAUAUAGAAGUAGCAACUAAAGAAGGUUAUUUUAUAAAAAAUAAUAUUAAGUUACAUGAAAUUGGUAAAAAAUUGGUUGCUAUUACUUAUAACUUAAAAAACAUUAAUAGAAUUUUAAAAACAAGUUUACGUUAUUUAAAAAAAAUGAAAAUAUCAUCUAGAGAUCCUCUGAUAAUAACAAAAAUUAUUUUUCAUUUCAUGAAUGAAAUUAAUAGGGAUAAUAUUAAAAAUGUAGAUAAAAUAUCGAGUAAGCUUGGAGAAUCAGAUAUUACAAAUGUUAUUCGUGGUGUUUUAUUAAAAGAAGCAAAAUAUAUAUCAGAAUCUGGCGAUAGAGCUGCUGAAAAGUUUAAUAUAAAUGUUAAUGAACUAAAUUUAAAUAAUACGUACUUAAAGAGUUUAUUAAAAAACAAAACAAUGAAAUAUAAGUUAUACAAAUUUUAUAAAAAUCUUAUGAGAUUAGUUAGAUUUCAAUCUCUUCAAUAUCAACUUGCGUUGGUUAAGAAAUUAUUUUUUUCAUUGAAAAAAACACAUUUUAAAAAACAAAUAGAUAUGAAUAAGAAUAUUUUGAUAACAGGAAAAAAACAAAAAAAACUUCUAUUAGAAUUAGAAAAUUUGAAAAAAAUAUUCAAUGAAGUUAAGUUAAAUGUAAAAUGUAGAUGUAUAUAUUCUAAUUUAAGGGAAAAUAUAAUAAAAUUUAAUAAAUUUUGGGAUUUACUGGAAAACGGCAUGGAAAAAAAUGUAUUAAUACUUAAUAACCUUAGGAAUAUAAUUAGAGAUACUUCAGAUGGUGACAAGGAAAGACAAAAUACAACUUGUAAUGAAGGAAUAUUAUUCAUGUUGUUUUAUGCAAAGGAAUCAUUGAUUAAAUAUUAUUAA